AUGACAGCGUCUCUUGUGUACAUGCAGCCGAGGACCGACUCUGCGGCUAAGCUAGCUCACAGCUUAAACUUGUGUUUAUUGUCAUUACCGUCACCUGUGAGCCUGCACGAUAAUAUUUCACGAUGCCUCCCAAGACUAAAAGCAAAAAGGCUGCGAAGGGGAAGUCGCCUGCCGUGGUGGACGGUCUGUCAACGGAUGAGAUGUCCAAGGAUCAGCUGGAGGAGCACAUCGUCCGCCUCCGAGAGGAGCUGGACAGAGAGCGGGAGGAGAGGAGCUACUUCCAGCUGGAGAGGGACAAGAUCCAGGCCUUCUGGGAAAUCUCCAAGAGGAGCCUGGAGGAGACGAAGGCCAAGAUCAGGAACAGACACAGGGAGAGGGAGGAGGCAGAGGAGCGCCACCGAGUGGAGAUCACUGAGUACAAGCAGAAGCUGAAGCACGUCCUCUUCGAACACCAAAACACCAUCUCCGAGAUGAAGACGGGCCGCGUCAUCUCAACCUCGCUGAUCCAGAACCAGCACACACAGUCAGAGCUCAAGCUCCGGAGGGAGGUGCACGGCCUGCAGGUGGACUUAAGAGAGAAGAAGCUCCACAACGAAAACCUCAUCACGGAGCUCGACCUGGUGAAUCUGGCUCCACUGUUACACUUUGUUUUUCUUGUCAUUCAGUUGUCUCUUAUUUUUAUCAGCUGUAUCACAAACCUGUGGCCUUUUAAUUCUCAACAGAAACACCAGGUGGAGUUAAUAGAGCUGAGGAACGACUACGGAAGAAGAGUAAUGGAAAUUGAGGCGAAAUACGACAAGACAAUGCAGUCAAUGAAGUCAACGGAGAAAAAGAGGCUGGAGGCUGAAGCUGAUAACCUCAGGGAAAGACUGCAACGUCAGGCUGUGACUCUGAAAGAAGACCAAACCAACGCUUUCAAAAAGGCUGAGGAGUACUUCUCCUUCCAUGAAAACAAACUAGUGGAGGAUCAGAAGUCUCUGAAGAUGGAACUUGCAAAGUUGACGAAGUUGCACGCACAAGUCAAGAAAGAGCUUUCAGCAGCCGAGCAGAAGAACAAACAUCUGCGAGAGUCGCUGCAGGAAGCCGAAGAGAAGCUGCCCGAGCUCCAACAGCAGCUGGAAGAAUACAACCAGGCCAAGGACAAGGAGACGAGGAGUAGAGCUCGACUGAAGGUCAUCGAUAAGGAGCUGAGAGACCUGACAAUGGAGCACGAGAUGCUGCUGCAGGCGUUUGAGAAGGUUCAGCAAGAGCGUGACGACCUGCUGAAGAAGCAGAGGGAGGCCAUCCUGGACAUGCAGCAGAAGAGCGGCCUGAAGGAGAUGUUGCUGGAGAAGAAGUUGGCAGCGCUGACGGGAACAGUCGAGAAAACGGAGGCUCAGCUCUGCACCGCACUCGCGUCCUCUAACGUCGACCAAACUGCAGGCAGCAGCGCCACAAACAAACUUGAGGAAGUAUUGGAGUCUAAACAGGUCGCCAUCAGCGCCUUGCAGAGCGACUUGGCUGGAGACUGUAAGGAGUACGACCUCCUGCUGCAGACCUGUAAGGAGAAGCUGAAGGCGUUCAGUGUCCCUCAGUACGACCUCCCCUUCAGGCCCUCACAGCAGAUCCUGUGGGGCACAGGACCCCCCUCCAACACUGAACCCCUCCAGGUGUUAGGUGUUCACUCACCUGCUCCACCUGGAUACCUCCACACCCAGAGUACUUGACCUCUCUGCCUUUCUCUCAUCAGAUCAUUCCCUAAAGACACGUUACAUAGCAAAAUUAUUAUGCAGUUCACUGCUGCAGAUUUUCUAUUUAAACAAAUAUAAUAUUUACUUUAACUUUGUCUUUGUUAUUAAACCAUCCUGCUGCUGAUAAUUCAUGUUUUCCUGUUGGUGCUGACGGUAUGUUUACCAGGUAAACACUGAAUCACAAAUGUCAUGUUGUGAAACAACAAUAAAUAUAUUUUGGUCAGAUCA